UGAUAAUGGUCUUACUAAGAGUGGAAAUUUAAAGUGUGCAGAUUUAAACACAGUAUGUCAUUGUGUGUUAAAUGCAUGGGAUGAUAUCUUUCAUGAUAUUAUUAUUCAGGCAUUUAAAAAAUAUGGUAUUUCUAAUUGUUUAUCAGGAAGUGAGGAUCAUUUAAUUUAUGAGGAUGAUAGUAAGAAUUCAGACGAUGCUGAUGCAGUCGAAGAUUCGGGCGAAGAUACAGGCAAAGAUAUAGGCGAAGGUUCAGACGAAAAUACUAACAAGGAAAAUGAUUUUAAUAAUUGGCCAGAAUGCUUUGUUGUUAUUUAA